UUUGUUUGUUUUGUUGGUCUUUUUCUUUUUUUGUUUUUGGUCUACGGAGAUUCCGAAAAAAACACAGGGCAGGUACACAGAUACGUACUCAAUUAAGAACCGAAGUGACGACACAACCUGCUCGAAGACGUGCAAAACCAAUUAUCGGUCGAAAAACGCUUUAAAAAGACCACAACAUUUCAACACCUGGUAUCAGUAUUCAAUCGGCUUUCACUUGCAGCAAGUGAGUGCAGAACAAAAAAAGCGAGUUCCAACGCACUGACGAAUACUUUUUUGAUAACUCCAAUUCGUUUGACUUUGCUUAAUCGCGUUGUUCCCAUUGCAACUCAAUUUGUCAUUCAGUUGAAGGUUUUCUCCUAAUUACCUUGAUCCAGAUUUAUCUGUCGGCCGGACACCACCUCGCAUAUUUUCGCGUUUCUUUUAUUUUUGUUUUAUUCAAAACCUCGUACGAAAAAAUGGAUCACGAUCAUGAUCACGGUAUGGGCUCCGGCAGUGGAAGUGGACAUGAUGGUCAUGGUUCUUGUCCCAUGAAUAUGGCUUUCCACACUGGCUACCAAGAAUGCAUUCUCUGGAAGGGAUGGAUGACAACAACAGUUACGGAAUUUGUCUUUUCCGCUUUGGCUCUGUUUGUGGCCGCCUUUAUUUAUGAAGCUUUGAAAUUUACCCGGGAGUUUUUCUUACGUCGUGCCGUACGCAAUGAAGCCGAACGUGUUGCUCUGGAAUUACAAUCCAAAACUGCUGGCCCCUCAACGAAUACUGCCGCGACAACUGCGUGCCAUGGAUCCAGCAAUUUGGCUCCCAUCCGCGAAAAGACCUAUGCCCAGCGUAUUUUCUCCACACCCCACUUGAUACAGACGUUCUUCAAUCUAAUCCAGAUUAUAAUGUCUUAUCUGAUAAUGUUGGUCUUCAUGACCUACAAUUAUUGGUUGUGUUUGGCUGUGAUUUUGGGUCUGGGAGUUGGAUACUUUUUUUUUGGGUGGAUUAAACAGGAUGUCUAUGAGAGUGAAUGCUGUCACUGAUUACAUUCUGAGAGCAAUAAAUGAUGCCAGAACAUCAUUUGGUAUUUUUAUAUUUGUUUUGUCGUAAAAGUAUUACCUAUUUAAGGGCUAAUGAAAAAGCAUUAGUUUUUUUUCUUAUUCGAAAAAAGUAAAUAUUUUUAUGCUUUUAAAAGUAGUUCUAGGUUUGAAAAGUUAUAGCGAUUUUAAAUUGCAAACAAAUAUAUAUGUGCAAAAAGAUAACGAUUUUAUAUAUUUAAUUGCAAUUGUGAUAGUCUGUUUGAGUUCUUAAGUGCCAUAUUAUUAGUAUUUAAGUUCAACUGUUA